AUGCAUCGGGAUAAAGCAGGACCUCUCAGCAGUGAGGAGUUAAAGCGGGCGGAGACAGUCAUAUUCAGACUCAUCCAAGGAACUGAGUAUCUGGAGGAAUUGAACAUACUUCGCAAAAAUGAUGCCGCACAACCAGAACAGCAUAAGCAGGUCCAGAAAAGCAGCCGAAUCUUCAAAUUAUCCCCAUUCUUGGAUCCCACCGGGGUAAUUCGAAUGCGUUCCCGCAUUGCAGCAGCAGAAUGCAUUCCAAGUGAAGGCAAAUUUCCCGUGAUCCUGCCGAAGGAUCACCAUGUCACAAAACUAAUCAUCAAUUGGUAUCACCGGAAGUACAACCAUGCCAAUAACGAAACGGUGGUUAACGAGAUUCGGCAGAGGUUUCACGUUUCUGAAUUGCGGAGAAUCGUCAAGAAGGUGGCCAGCAACUGUAACUGGUGCAAAGUAUACAAAUCCAAGCCCCAGAUCCCAUCAAUGGGUCCUCUGCCCUCUGCUCGUCUAACGCCGUAUACGAGGGCUUUUACCUUUACAGGACUGGAUUAUUUCGGGCCAAUAAAUGUUCGCCGCGGUCGUGGAGGCGUCAAAAGAUGGGUUGCGCUUUUCACCUGUCUAGGAACCCGAGCAGUCCACUUAGAAAUAGCCCACAGCCUGUCUGCAGAAUCCUGCAAGAUGGCAAUUCGCAGGUUCAUCGCCCGCAGAGGUUCGCCUCAGGAAAUUUAUUCAGACCAAGGGACCAACUUUCAGGGUGCCAGCGCGGAGUUAAAACAGCAGAUGGAGAUAACAAACCGAGAUCUAUUGGAAACCUUCACGAACGCAGAAACGCAAUGGAAGCUGAAUCCUCCGUAUGCUCCUCAUAUGGGAGGCAUAUGGGAAAGGCUCGUACGGUCAGUCAAGACUGGCUUGACGCACAUGGAGUUGCCGAGGAAUCCGGACGAGGAAACGCUGAUAACGGCUCUAGCAGAGGUGGAGUCCAUGGUAAAUUCGCGCCCUCUAACAUAUCUACCGAUCGACAGUGAGGAGAGCGCUGCCUUGACUCCAAAUCACUUUUUGCUGCUGAGUUCUAGCGGAGUCGUCCAGCCAUCGGCACGGCCAACGGAGGAAAGUGAAGUUCUGCGGUCAAACUGGAAGCAUGUUCAGGUUAUGCUGGACCGCUUCUGGAUGAGGUGGAUUCGUGAAUAUCUACCUGUGAUCGCCCGGCAGCCGAAAUGGUUUGGAGAAGCUAGAUCUAUCAAAGUGGGAGAUCUGGCGAUCGUAGUGAACGAAGGCGUCAGGAACAGCUGGACCAGAGGAAGAAUCUCCCGAGUAUAUCCUGGACGUGACGGACGAGUACGAAGCGCAGAUGUGCGAACUGCUGCUGUCAUCAUGCGACGACCGGCUACUAAACUCGCCAUCCUGGAUAUUGCCAAUGAAGGAAGUACCGCUGAAGAAACUUGA